CAUCGCUCCUCUCCUUCACUGUCAGGCUUCCUCUUUGAACAUCAUCUCCCCUCCCUUACACCUACCAUGCAGGAGGUGUAACCCUCCUCCCUAACCCUGCCAUCGGAGGAAACCCAAAACAGGAAAUAAAAAAAGAGACACUACGUGUAGCGAGUCAAGAUGUCAGACCCUGACCCAUCCACGACAGUGGACCCCCCACUGCCACUUGCCUCACCGCGCACCCCCCUGCAGCUCUCCUUCCCUUUCCUGAGGGAGGGCAGCCGGGUAUGGGAGAGGGAAAGGAAACCGCCACAGCCUAGAGAGCUGCCAAGCCCACUGCCCACCAAACGCACCCGCACAUACUCAGCGACAGUGCGAGCCAAAUCAGGUCCAGUAUUUAAAGGGGUGUGUAAAAACUUCUCCAGGUCUCAGGGUCAUGGAUUCAUUCGUCCUUCUCACGGAGCAGAGGACAUCUUUGUCCACAUCUCUGACAUUGAAGGAGAGUACGUGCCUAUGGAAGGCGAUGAGGUCACAUACAAGGUGUGUCCCAUCCCUCCGAAGAACCAGAAGAUCCAGGCUGUGGACGUGGUGAUCACCCACCUGAAUCCAGGCACCAAGCACGAGACCUGGUCAGGUCAGAUCAUCAGCUCAUAGACCAGGGCUUUAGGCCUGCACCGAUGGGGAAGAGAAAGUUCUUGGAAUGCAGCUGGAGCUGGAAGGGGAGGGGAUGGACUAAAUGUAUGUUUUCUGGUUCUGAGGUUUGGUACCAGGUGUGAGAACAAGGGAUUAGAGGUAGAAUGUUAGAAUAUUAAGGUUAGGGUCAGAAAUUAAGCUUUGAAUGUACCUGUUUGAAUGUUUUUUUUGAGGGUCAGGGUUUCACCGUUUAGGUUGAGGGGUUAAAAGUUGGGUUUGCUAAGUCGCAGCAUCUUUACCUUGACCUCGGGAAUAUAAUAAAACUUCAGUGGUGUCUUUGACAAGUUGAAAAUGAGAUGUGUUAGAGACCAAAAGGCAUUAAGAGCAAAAGUCCGCCAUAUUGACCGUCCACGAGCACACGACUGAGGGACCAGCUCAGUGGAUGUUGGAUUUUACUCCCACUUUCCCAUUGUUCUCACAAAUUAUUUCAAUUGCGUUGCCAAGAGUCAGGCAUCGAACAUCUGUGUGUGUGUGUUUACAACAGAUGGAGACAGUCUUUGACAGUUUUCACUAUUAGAACAAGGAUUAAAUGAGAAUACUUUUGUAAUGGCCUUAUCUCUUGUGUAUUAUCUGACUUGGCUUACUAUGAAAUGAACAGCUCGUCAGAUCUGCCUUCAUCUCACUGCCUUUACAGAGUCAAAUUACAAAUGAGUGUAUAUGCAGUCGUAAAUGAGUUUGACACGCUCUCAGUUCUGUCCCAGCUCUACUCUUAAUGUGUUUCGGCCUCAAGAGCUGUGAGCUCCACAUAUAAGGAAUUAUUUUCCUUCUUAACAUUGUAGCACUACUGUGUUUUUGUGUAGAAAUCCAGUGUUAUUGUAGCCAGCUCCUAUGAUGGUCAUACUUUUCAGUGGGUGAGACUGCAGGAGGAAGAUUUGUGAGCCUGCCACAGGAAAACCAGGCCGGAGGGUUUGGAGGUUGGGGAGAAGGAAAUCGGAGAGGGGAAGUGAACCGGGCAGAGGAUGGAGUGAUUGUCGAUAAAUGUACUUGAUGCAGCUAGAUUUGAAAUGUUGUAAAGUACGUGUGAGGAGGAAGACCAAGAUGCAGUUGUCAUCUUAUUUGAUUGUUAGUUUAAUGCAACAGAGUUAAAGAAACAGUUUGACGAUGUGAGAAAUAUGUUCAUUUGCAUAUUUCUCAAGAAUAAGGAUUCUUUAAAAUGACAUAUGUAAAAAAGACAAGUUGAGAUGGCCAGAUUUUUCCAUUGUUGUGAUAAAUAAAAGAGUCCCUGUUGCAUUUGUAGGCUUCAGACAUUGUUUUUGCCUCAGGGCAGUUGCAGAUCUAGGGUUCUUCUAAAUCAGGGGCCAUAGACACAGAGGGGAUCAAUUAUAUAUCCAACAUCCGCAUCACUAGCUACAUUUUGAAAAUCCAAGCACAUUGGGCCUCAUGCAAGAACAUGUUCUUGCUCUCAUCUCAAAUGUCUCCUACAUUUGUUGGUAAGGUGAGUUCUCACAAAUGUGCUUCAGAAGCGACAAACACUCCACGUUCGCUGUGUCACAUUGAGUGCACAUAUGAAGCUUGUUGUGUGGGUGAUGAGGUUAAGAUUAAGUCCCACAGGUCAUCACCAUCACAAAAUUUAGCCGGUGCAUCAAUGACUUCUUCAAAUCACUUGUAUGAACAAAUUCAGAACACAUCUGUUAGUAUGAACGGUUCUUGAACGAGGCUCAUUGUGUACUUUCGAAAAAGCUUAGAAACUAAAAAAUCUUAGUAGAUUGGCCUAUCUCUCAUUAGUAUUGUUAGUAAGUAACUAUUUUUAAGAGACUACUGACAGGACAAGGGAAUUUCAGGGGCCAAUAAGGUUUCAGCUGGUGUCACUGGCCCCCUGACCCCACCCCUGGAUCCGCCCCUGCUUCAGAAUAAACUGAUAGGAAUUAAGUUUACGAUGGGUCAGGGCUGAGGAGGAUGAACUGCUGACUUUUAGGCUAAAGGUUCAGUAAAGUGUCAUAGGUCCUGGUAGAUGAUGUUAAGAAAUUAAAGAAAAACUGAGCAGCAAAAGCUCUCUGAUGUAAGUUUAGAACGACUAUUUAUUUAUUGACUUAUUUAUUAUCAUUUGUAACUAUGAGACAUCAGGCGUUUGGUAAAUAAAAGUGGCAUUUAUAAGUAUUUGUGCAAGUCUAAACCUGUUUGAAUACACUGCACACCUCACUCUAAUGAUACUACCCUGUUAAAGAAAACCUCUUGCUACUGUCAUGUCAUCGUCUUUCCAAACAUGUGUUUCUAAUUUCUACCUAAUCCUUGUGUAAUUUUUAAUAACUAUGUGAGCAGCUUUGUUGUUUUGGAAAUGGCAUGUACUGUUAUGUUUGUUGUAAUUUCUACGUAGAACACGUUAAGUGGGUCUCAUCAUGCAGUGACACAGCCGGAGCCUUCAAAGAGGCGUCGUCAGGUCUUCUAUGCAUCUUUUGAUUUAUUUUUGUUUUCUUGCCACGGUUAUGACUUAACAUCAUGUAGUAACACACUGUAUCUGUUUGAUUUAUUAUAAUGUGAGAGAAACAAGUUUGUGUUCGCAAGCACUUUUAUUUUUUUAGUCAAACCACUGUGACAGUCAGUCUUUAGUCAUUAAGAUAACGUUUGAAUAAAACUUACUACUGU